AGGAGGUGCAGCUUCGCAUGGAUGGGUUGUCAGUGGUGUACAACUUCAGUGCCUUCGAUGAGAAGUACGCUUUUAAUGAUGAAGGCUUUUUUACCUACAGCAGUACAGAGCAGAAGCGAGUUGAAGAACUUGCCAGAGAACAAGCUCGAAAAUUCGUCGACGCUUAUUUGGACAGUGUGGAUGAGUAUUCAGAAUAUGCGCCGACAUUGUGUAGGACGCUUCACACUAGAUUUGUUUGUCGAUCUUUGAAGAAAUUGGGAAAGUCAUGCUCACAUCUGGAUGCAUCCAGGCCAUGGUUCUGUUAUUGGGGAAUGCAUAGUUUAAGACUUUUGGAAGCGUCGCUCGAUGAAAAUCUAACUUCCAGCAUUGUUCGCUUUUUGAAGACCUGUGAAUGGCCUACUGGGGGAUACGGAGGUGGCCCAGGACAAUAUCCACAUUUGGCAACAACAUAUGGUGCAGUAAUGGCAUUAGUAAGCAUUGGAACCGAUGAAGCGCUUGCAAGUAUUGACAGGAAAACUCUGAAAAAUUUUCUACAUUCUGUAAAACGUCCUGAUGGUGGAUUUGCACUACAUAUUGACGGUGAAGCUGAUAUACGAGGAUCAUACUGUGCCAUUGCUGUUGCUUCUAUUACAAAUAUUUUAGAUGAUCAGCUAAGGAAAGAUGCAGAUAGUUGGGUUAUCAGCUGUCAAACAUAUGAGGGUGGGUUCGGUGGCGAACGAUGUUGUGAGGCACAUGGUGGUUACACGUUUUGUGCGGUAGCUGCAUUAAUAUUAUUGGGAAAAAGUGCAUUAAUUCACGCAUCAUCACUGUACAGAUGGCUUGCGCAAAAACAAAUGAAAUUUGAAGGAGGAUUUCAAGGCAGAACAAAUAAAUUGGUUGACGGUUGUUAUAGCUUUUGGCUAGCUGCUGUGUUUCCAAUAUUAGAAGUUGCUCAACUUGCUAUGGGGAACAAAAUCUCGUCAUCGUUUGAUGGAAAAGCAUUACAAGAAUACAUUCUAGUUGCUUGCCAGGAUAUCGAAAAUGGUGGUUUACGGGACAAACCAGACAAGUCGAGCGAUUUAUACCACACAUGUUACGUUUUGAGUGGGCUUUCUGUUGCGCAGUAUUAUACAACGGAUGCUAUUGUUGGUGGCGAAAUUAAUCGUUUGGCAAGAUUGUCGCCAGUAUAUAACAUCUGCGAGAAUGCCGAAAGAAAGGCACGAGAAUAUUUUGGAAAACCAAAAAUAAUCUGAUAAAGAGUUGAAUUUAAGCUUGUGGAAGCUUUUGGAAGCCAUCUCAUUGCAAACUUAAUAUUUGGAUUUUAUUGAAUCCCACACGAACACCUGACUUCUUUAUCAUUGUGUCGUUCCUUGAUAUUUCAAUUUUCUUUUUACUGGUAUGGUCAUUGUUGAGGCUUACAAAAAAUCUCUCUUUAAAUAGCAUGUUAGGAAUUUGAAUUUGAUUAACUUCCUUACACAGUUUAGCUGCAAUUCCUUUGAAAUUACUUUAAAUAAGGGAAAUAAAUGGCCUUAUCAUUUUAUUGAUGACUAAGUGUAGAGGAUGUGCAGCGAUCAGGGAAAAUACGUGAUGUAGGGAUUCGAUAGGUUUUUUAAUCCAGAAUUUUGCGAAGUAUCAAAGUAUCAUUUGCAAUGUUUAAGGGUCUAUGUAUUUUAAGCUCUUUUGAUGGGGAGCUCUUGGAUAGUACUAUUUGAGAAGAAUGAUUGCUUGGUAUUUAGAUAGUAGUAUGCCACUACACUUCAGAAAUAUCAAUUUUUUGGGAAUAUUUCGGAAAUAUCGUCUGUCAGUUUUUCUGAAGAGGGAUGCCAUCUGCAAUGUAAUUCCACAUGCAGAUUAGAUCUGAUAACAUUGUUGAUUUCACCAAUUAGAGCAUUAUCAGUUUAAUCGAAGAUUGCGAGCUUAUUGUAGUGUUUUCCACUCUCAUCUCUUGAUAAAAUAGAUCUUCAUGAUUUAUUACUGCUAUUUUGUUGUCUGUCAUUGUAUUUCCUCAUCAAAUGUUAUUUUUUAAUUGAAAAGAAGCUAUCUUGUUCAGUUCUUGUUAAAGCUUUUGUUUUAUUAAAACUUC